AUAAUUAAAUGUUUUGGCGUCACAUUUUUAGCAGUAUAGCCUUGAUCUCAUCAUCUGCCCAGCAAACCAGGAGACCACAUCCUUGGCACGCCCAUAAGGUAAAAUAUAGCAUUAACAUUAGCAUGCACUUCUAUCAUUCUUUUUUUUUCACAUGAACCACUUAUUCAAAUCAUUACAUUUCUCAAGCAUGCCCUUUAACCCCCCAUUUUAUCCAAUAACCACCCAUUUUUAUGCAUUUUAUAUAUGAUCAUAUGUACAUAUAUAUAUAUAUAGAUAAGUUGAACCAAAUCCAUAUCAAAACAUUGUAUUAUUCGACUACAUAUAUAGUACAUACACUAUAUAGUAUAUUCUCUCUAUCCUCUCACUAGAAAUUUUCUUGUAUUGAGAGUGAGGGAACAAUAUAAGCAACAUUUGCUUAGAAUCUUUUGUAAACACUCAAAAAAAAAAGUAGGGUUUGAUUGUAAGAUAUGGCUGUUUCUUCUGAAAAGAAUGAUAAUGAAACGGGUCAACCCGUUUCAGCUAUCGGGUUUGAGGGUUUUGAGAAGAGGUUAGAGAUAACAUUCUCUAAUGUUCCAAUGUUUAGUGAUCCAACCGGGUUGGGUCUUCGGUCUUUGACUCGUGCUCAACUCGACUCGUUUUUAGAUGAAGCUGCUUGUACUAUUGUAGCCGAACUCUCUAACUCAGAGUUCGACUCGUAUGUUUUGUCCGAGUCGAGUUUAUUUGUGUACCCACAUAAAAUUAUUCUUAAGACAUGUGGGACCACAAAGUUGCUUCUUGCUAUUGAACCGGUUCUCAAACUCGCUGACUCGGUUGGACUCAGUGUGUCAAGUGUUUUGUACUCGAGGGGUACAUUUAUUUUUCCAAAUGCCCAAGUUGCCCCUCAUAGAAGCUUCUCAGAGGAAGUUAGUUACUUGAAUAGGUAUUUUGGUAAUUUGGGAUCUGGGCCCCACGCCUAUGUUUUGGGAGAUCCAACGGUCCAAAAUUGUAAUUGGCAUGUCUAUUCAGCAUCUUGUGUGGCUGACGUGGAUGAUCGGAGGGCUGUGGUUACUGUAGAGAUGUGUAUGACAGGGCUAAAUCGGGAAAAAGCCGCCGUAUUUUACAAAAAGGAGGGACAUUUGGCUAAGGAAAUGACUAAAAUGUCCAAAAUUAAUGACAUCAUCUCAAGUCAUGAAAUUUGUGACGUUGACUUUGACCCUUGUGGGUACUCCAUGAAUGGAGUUGAUGGUGGGGCCUACUCGACAGUGCACGUGACACCCGAAGAUGGGUUCAGCUAUGCUAGCUAUGAAGUCAUGGGGUUCGACUCCGGUUCAGUCCGGUUUGAACCGCUGGUUCAGAGAGCUUUAAGGUGCUUUGAACCGAAAGAGUUUACUAUUGCUAUCACGUGCCUUGGAGGCGUUGUGGCACGUGAUUGGGUAAAUCAGAAGAGGGUUGAUGUGAAAGGUUUCACGUGCCGAAGCGCGGUGAAGCAAGAGCUGUCAAAUGGCGGGUUUGUGAUCUAUAAGACAUAUGUAGCUCAAUUACCAACGUAUGAGGUGCACGUGCCUAAAUCAAUUAUAGCUUUGCCUUGUUGGAAAGCUGUGAAAGUGGCGGAGGAUGGUAGUGAAAUGGUGGCUUAUGGUCGCGUUGUGGGUCGAGGGUUUUUAGAUUGGGAAAGUGCAAUAAUGAGAACGGCUUCAUGUGCAAAUGUCAUUGAUAGUCGUCAAAUGACAUUGGUUGAGUUUUUUUAUUCUUUUUUCUUUUUCUUGGGAUUUAGAAUCACUAAGGCUCAUUAGAAUAUAAGGAUGUGUGGUUGUUCACUCACAUGCAUUAGAAUAUAAGAUUGUACAAUAGCAACUCACUCCUGAGUUGUGUUUUCGUGUUGCCACUUUAAUUAGGUUUAAUUUUGUCAUAUUCAAUGACAUUUGAUCAAGUAAGUAAUUACGAGAAAUUCUUUUAA